AUAACCGUUUUACGCCUAUAUUCGUAGUAAACAAAGAUGGCGACCAAAUCUGGGAUGUAUUGGUCCCAGCGAUGGAUACUUUUACUGAUAACUAAUCUGCUCGGCGUGGUGGUUGCUGAGCGAUAUGGAUCACAGUCCACCACCAUACAUACAGCCAACAGCGGCCGAUCACGCUUAUAUGAUGCCCGGACGGCCGUCGUAGAAGCUGACGUAAGCCUAGAAGUUGAACGUCUUCACCGAACUCGGAGAUCAGCCACUGUUCCGCCCCCUCUAAAUAAACACGACCCUCAAGUCACUGCGGUCCAACUGAACGACAGUCACAACCAGAUGAUCGUGCACUGGGCGGGUGUCGGAAGUGAUGUGAUUCUCGCACUCUCUAAAGAGAGCCGUCCCUUCAACGAUUCCACCGGCAGCAGCAACCUGUUUAUCUCCUACAACUAUGGCGAGAGCUUCACCAACGUGGAGUCCAAACUUAGGCUGCCGUCGGGCAAAAAACCCAUCAUUGAUCAUUACUACAACAGCAAAGUCUUCAACAAUUUUUACGUUUUCACGGACAUCGCAAAUAACUACAUAUUUACGACAAAAGACUAUGGACAAAGCUUCACACCGUACAGUGUUCCGUUCCGGCCCAAAACUAUCGCCCUUCACCAUAGCAACCCCGACAUACUCCUCGGCACCGACGAUGAUGAGGAAAAUAAGAAGGUUUACAUUUCCGUGGACUUCGGGAUGAACUGGAGACUGAUGCAGGCGGAGGUGAAAGCUUUUUUCCUGGGUGAAGCGCCAUACGACCAGGCUAACGACACUUACGUGGAGCGCAUAGAGAGCAGCGGGAAAAGCACGCUACUGAGGAGCUCGGACUAUUUUUCUCGUGAUAUCACUACGCUGAUGACCGACGUGGAAGACUUUGAGAUCAAGGGCGCUUACAUGUUUGUCACAAAGAAAGUGCACCUCCUUGGUGGUCCAGGGGAUAGCCUUCAGCUGUGGGUGUCAUACAAACGAGGGCCUUUCCACAACGCCCGGUUCUCUCACAGUGCUGCACACAAGGACUACUACGUAGCUGAUGCGUCGGAGGACAUGGUGUUCCUGUGUGUCAAUCACGGUGAUAACACCACCCACUUGUACUUGUCCGAUGUGGAAGGCAAGAAGUUCUCACUCAACCUGGAGAACAUUGUAUAUUACAAUCCUAAGGGAGCAAACAAGGACACCUGGCUGAGGUACUUCGCCGAUGAGGCAUUCGCAGACCUGGCCAAGAUUGAGGGUAUACGAGGCGUGUAUGUUGCCUCUCAAAUUAUGAAUGUCUCCACAGACCUGAGUCAGGAAUCACAGCGUACGCUCAUCACAUUCGACAAGGGUGGAGAGUGGCAGCUGGUCAAGGCUCCAGCCACUGACCGAUCUGGCAAACCAACCAACUGUACACAGAUGUUUCUUGCUAAGGACUUUCUCCAGGCCAUCAACUGCUCCCUUCAUCUAGCCCAGAAGUACAGCAGGCUGUUCCCUGGAAGUCGUGCGAUACAGAUCCUGUCACGGACCAACGCCCCGGGGAUCGUGCUGGCUACUGGAACCCUGGGAAUGAACCUGAAGCGUGACGCUGAUGUCUACCUGUCUAGUGACGCUGGGUACUCCUGGCACAUGGUGCUGGAAGGUCACAACUUCUACAGCAUUGGUGACCAUGGAGGCCUCCUGGUGGCUGUACCUCAGUUUGGAAUCACUAACCAACUCCUGUAUUCCUGGAACGAAGGCCAAACCUGGGACAAUAUCACAUUCCACACGGAGAAGAUCCGGGUGUACGGCCUCCUGACGGAACCCGGAGAGAAGACAGCUGUGUUUUCUCUGUUCGGCUCUCAUGUGGGUCAUCACCAGUGGCUGAUCAUCCAGGUCAACCUGACGUCCAUCUUCAGUGGGGAAUGUAGUUCAGAGGACUAUAAGGACUGGUCCUUCCCCGACAACCCGCCCUUUGCUGGCUGUAUCCUCGGCCGUAAAACUGUGUACCAGCGCAGAAUUGCACACGCAUUCUGUUACAACGGCCUUGACUACGAACGCAAGGUCACACAGAACAACUGCACCUGCAACCGCGAGGACUUCGAAUGUGACUUUGGAUUUAAGCUAAAUACGUCUGGUCUAAUAUUGGGGCUAGGUACUUGUGACGAGGAUAGGGAUUCCUAUAUCGACGUACACGCUAUUCCUGUACCCUGUCCUCCCGGGACCUAUUACAAGUACACCAGAGGAUAUCGCAAAGUUUCCGGGGACAUGUGUAAAGGUGGCCUGGACCACAGAUUCUCGCCUCUCCUGUACUCGUGUCCAAUCAGAGAGAUCCCCGAGUUCAUUCUGUUCUCAACCCGCUUCACCAUCCACCGGUUCAUCCUAGGAGAAAAUCGUGACGAACUCCUGGUACAACGCGACUAUUCCCAGCAACACAGCCUGUUUGCUGUUGACUUUGAUUACCGGGCCAACUGUCUGUUCUGGGCCGACGGCUCCGAGAACAUGAUUAAGAGGAUGUGUCUGAAUGGUUCGAGUGCUGUGGAGAAUAUCGUCACACGAGGCCUGGCCUCUGUUGAAUCGCUGGUUUUUGACUGGGCGGGGAACAACAUUUUCUGGAUUGAUUCACAUAACCGUACACUUGAGGUCGCCAGGAGCAAUGGUGACUUCAGACGCACCCUCCUAAACAGUACACAUCUGGACCAACCAAGAGCCUUGGCACUCGACCCUCACCACGGAUGGAUGUACUGGACGGACUGGUCGGAUAGCCAUCCACGGAUCAGUAAGGCCUGGAUGGAUGGUAAUACGAGCUCAAUCAAAAUUAUCGUCAAUGGUUCCUCCAUCGUCCACUGGCCUAACGGUAUCACCAUUGACCACCGCAUGGAGCGAAUGUACUGGACUGACGCUUUCCUCGAUCACAUAAUGUCUGCCGACUUGGAGGGUAAUAACGAACGAGUGAUUGUAUCAGGAAGCGCAGUCCCCCAUCCCUACGCCAUUGGCAUGUACAAGAACGUGCUGUACUGGACGGACUGGUCAAGGAAGUCGAUCAUGAGUGUGGACAGCACUGACAACACCUACAUCCGGGCCGUACUGACCAAUGUGUCCGACAUCAUGGACUUGAAAGUCCUAUCACACCAAACACAACAAUUGGAGACAGCGUGUAGUGGAGGAAAUGGCCAGUGCUCGCAGCUGUGUCUACCGAAACCACCGACCUCCAUAAUGAACGAAAAGAAUCGCACCUGUCGCUGUGGUAAUGCUGUUCGGCACUCAAUCAUCAAUGAUGGAAAUGAACGAUGUCUCUGUGCUGUAGGAGAGAAGGUGGACGUUCAUACUGGGGCCUGCCAGUCAGCCAAUACCUCGGGAGAUGGAUCGUGUGGAGCCCAGGAUUUUGCCUGUAGCAAUGGUAAAUGUAUUUCUUCCGCGUGGAUUUGUGACCGUGACAACGACUGCGGAGACUUCAGUGACGAGCUGGACUGCACUAUGCGCGGAUGUCCUACAGGCAGUUUCAAAUGCAAGUCGUCUAACCGUUGUAUUCCGGAGCGUUGGCAUUGUGACUUUGAUAAGGAUUGUACCGACGGCAGUGAUGAACUACACUGUAAUCACACCACAUGUGCGUCAACAAUGCACACCUGCGAUUCAGGACGCUGCAUCCCUAAAAACUGGACCUGUGACUUUGACAACGACUGUCACGACGGCGUCAAUGGGUCUGUGUCGUCGGACGAACGCAACUGUUCAUAUAAUGAUAUUUGUCUCGCUAAUGAAUUCCACUGUGAGGCCCACCAGCCUAAGUGUGUCCCUAUUGGAUUGAGAUGUGAUGGCAGAAAUGAUUGUGGUGAUCGGUCUGACGAGAAGAACUGUACAACCUGCCCUAGUGGGGAAUACCGCUGUAAAACAGGGGCCUGUAUCUUCAACAACUGGAAGUGUGAUGGCGACGCCGACUGUUCAGAUGGAAGUGACGAGACUGAGGAUAUCUGUGGAACUACACAUGUGAUGAACACCACCACCACCCCAACGCCUCCUCCAACGUCAUGCCACUUCUGGCAGUUCACCUGCCACAACAGAAAGUGUGUUUGGUGGAGUGAGCGCUGUGACCAGGUCGAUGAUUGUGGCGACAAUAGUGACGAGUUCAACUGUGGAGUGCAGACGACGCAUGCUCCGAUAGUCUGUCGACCCAAUGAGUUCAAGUGUCGAAACCAACAUUGUAUUGGCAUGAAUCUACGAUGUAACGGUCACAGCGAUUGCCUUGACGGCAGUGAUGAAGACCGCUGUUAUAUGAGCACGACAUCACGGCCGGUGGUCUGCAAUGCUGGUCAGUUCCAAUGUGACAACAAAUUGUGUAUUCCCACCUCCUGGGUGUGUGAUAACUACCCUGACUGUGACAACGGCCAGGACGAGAAAGACUGCAAUGGUACCCAGGUGUGUGGCCCUACAGAUUUCCGAUGCGAGAUGGUGGAGGGUUGUACAACCUUGAACCGCGUUUGCGAUGGCGUCAACGACUGUGCCGAUAACUCAGAUGAGUAUAAUUGCGGAUCAUCCACCCCGGCAGUUACACAGAAACCGGGCCACUGCACCGCGUGUGACGCCCAUCACUUGACCUGUUCGAGGUACUGUAAGUGUGUACUUUGGAUGAAUACCUGUGACCAGAUCAGUGACUGUUUGGACAACUCAGAUGAGAUGCUGCCCAGUUGUCAGAAUCGUCUAGUCAAUACUGGAUAUAUCCAAGACAUUGACAGCGACAGUGACAGUAUAUCUAUGAGAUGGAAUCAUUUGUUCGCGGUCCAAGUGUCCUACACGGUCUCGUUUAUCGAGGCAAAUAAUGAGGGGUCGUAUCAGAACAAGAGUGUUGGGAACGCCACCAAGUUUACAAUAUCCAACCUACGACCUCUGACAUCAUAUCGUAUAAGGGUAUACGCCAAAGAGAAUGGUGGCCUGGAAUUCCCGUUCACCGCAAGGCGUGAUUACGAAACUAAAGAAGGAGUGCCCGACGCCCCUGUGAACUUUCAAGCAAGUUACAAUGGUCAAGAAAAUUACUUCAAGCUCCAGUGGAAGCCCCCUGGGAACAACAGUGGCGUCAUACGACACUACACACUGUACUACACCACCACUGGGUCAUCAAAACCUAUGAUUAAGAUUAUACCACUCGUCGCCUCCUACAGACUUUACAUUCCCACUGAGACAGCAGGCCUCACCUAUAAAUUCUGGAUUACAGCAUCUACAAAUACGGGGGAGGGAAAGAAUUCUAAGAAAGUGACUUUAACUUUGGACGAUGAACUGCUGGUGACUGGAGUUGAGAAUCUGACGUUGACACCUGGUCAGUACAGUGUGUCCCUGGCCUGGUCCAAGCCUAACAGUAAAGCUACGGUUACAGAAUAUCAAGUCAUGUACAACGAUGCACUGGGGACGGAACAAAUACUGAAAACUAACGCCACAACUCUGCAAGUGCCCCACCUGUGCCCUCACCAAAGAUACACGUUCCACGUAAAGGCCAUCAACGGCCACGGACCCAGUCCUCCUGUGUCGCACGCAACAUCUACAGCUCCAGGUUCAGUCCACUAUGUAACACCUACCGACCUUUCCUGUGACAACGUUAGCCCUGGGAACUACAAAAUCACAUGGAAAGCCCCCAAAACAGGUCCUGCAAAUGUGACCUAUAUCCUGUACUACGACUACUCAGCUAAAGACAUGCAGUUGAGCAACAUUGAGAGCCAAGCACACUCCGUAACAGUCAAAGGAAACACCUCGUAUAUGCUGACAUCACUCCGAGCCUGUGAGACUUACUUCUACAGAGUGGGACUCAAGUAUCCAGGCACAUGCAUGCCUGCUGACCAGACUUAUUUUACAACUGAAGCUGAUGACAAGGCACCCCCUAAGAACGUGGACUUCCGACUGGAUUACAGGACGAUGACUAGCGGGAAGUUGAUGUGGGAUCCACCGUGCCUGAACGUCAAUGAACCCGAUAACUACACUGUGUACAUCUUUGAGGUUAACACCAGCCUCUCAAAUGCCUUCCUGAUGCGGUCAACAUCAAUGAAUUUCACUGACCUAAAGCGUGGCGCCACCUACAAUUUGACUGUCCGUUCCAAUUUCUUAAAUGCCAGUAGUUCAGAGCCCUGCAUCUUCAAAAUCCCUGCCUUUGGGGCCCCUACAGUGUUCCGAGCCCUCAUAGAGAACAGUGGUAAAGUGAAACUGGUAUGGCAGGCACCCAAGGACGCUCCCUCGGACACACAAUUUGGGGGGUAUGACGUGUUCUACAGUCGACACCACCACAUAGAUGCUAACGGCAUUGUGGAUCACAGUCAAAAAGAAAAGUUUACAUUCCAUCAAACAACUACGGCUAUGUUCAUGGAGAUAGCCCUGGACGGCACUUACGAAUAUCUCUUCAAAGUACGCUAUGCCGCAGUCAACCACUACCCGGGCGAGUUUACAGAGCCGGUCGAGGUCGCAGCAUCAGGAGUGCUGAACCUCCCAGUCAAUCAGGCGUCUGUGGCCCUGUCUAAAAAGAACCUGAUCGGGAUAUUUGUUGUCGUGGCCGUCAUUGUUGUCGCCCUCGUUGUUGUUCUCGGUGUUUUCAUUGUACGCCAUCAUCGUCUACAGCGUAGCUUCCUGUCCUUCGCCAACAGCCACUACGACACACGGUCGGGAACAACCACCUUCUCCUCCGCCAAUGAGCUUGGUGAGGACGAAGACUCCCCGAUGAUUCAAGGCUUCUCCGAUGAUGAACCGCUGGUUGUGGCAUGAUCUGGUUGCUGAAUAGUCGAACCCUAGAACAAAUCCAAAUAUUGCUAUCAUCAGACGUUUCGUUUCUCGGGAGAUUAGGCUGGAUAUUUGUCUCCUCUACCGACGUCAAACGCGUCGAAAGAUUUUACCAUCAGUAGGACAUCAGUCACUUUUGUGGUUGCCAUUCGCAUUCAUUUGUUCUCGUUUACCAAAGUUUAUUUGCUUUACGACAAUUUAACACAAACAUUAUAGAACUUGAGAAAAAGUCAUUGAUAUUUGGCAAGGUUUUAUUUAGUCCUUUCCCGAACAUUUUCAGAUAUACAUAUAUCUGAAUUUUAUGAAUAAUUGGUUAUUUUAAUGCCAAGUUAUGCCGAAUUACUAGAGAAAAAAUAUUUUUGUGAGUGCGAAGUACUAUUCAAGUCUUUCAAUAUGUUUCUUAUAAUAUAAAUGGCAAAACUAGGCAAAAUUUUUGCACCAGAAGGCAUCUCUUCUGAAAUUUGCUCUGCAGAGUUCUCGGAAAAUGACCGUAAGAUGGGAAAGAGUUAUAAAAAAACCUUUGCAAAUGGUGUCACAUGGAAACUUCACAUUCUGUUGAUAUCUUUCUGAAAAUAUUCUUUUACUGUGGAAUAACUAAGUCUAGAUCUGACAUGUUAUACAGGAUAUUUGUUGUAUACAUUACAAAAUGUUUGCAAUUUGGGGAUCUUUGACAAGAGGAGUCGUGUCCUUGGACAGCUACAUGUGUAAAAUUGGAUAUUCUUGGACAGAUUCAUGUUGGGUGUUCUUGGUUCGAAUUGUCAUUCUGAGAUUAGCUAACGCCUGGUGCUGGUGCGCCAUGCCCAGUGCCUCAAGCAUAAUAUACAGUCCCUCUCUAACAGUCAGGAAUCUGUAGAAAGGAACCUUGUUAGUCAGGACAUAUCUGUUUACAGGAACCUGCCCUAUAGGAAUUUUUUAAAACGACCGCAAAACAUUGUUUGUUGGGGCUCAUGUUUCUUCAAAACAACUUUCAGUUAAGACUUUUUUCCGAUUUAUGGGGUCGAUGUUGCAUUAUAUUUUUUUCGGAAGUUGGCUUUAAAUCUGAAAAGUCAGAUCAACAAGGUUCCUGAAUGGGUGGAGAUAAAAGUGUUAAGGGUGUCCAUUAUUUAGAUUCCAGCAUCUCUUCAACGCGGAGGUUAUAUCUAUAGUUUGGAGUGUGACUGUGACACGAAAAACUGAUGUGAAUACAAAAAAUUAAUGGUCGAGAGUGAAAGAUAAAAUGUGAACUUUGUGAUAUUCUUAAAACGGUUCCUGAGUGUAAGAUUACGUACAUAUCACAACCUUUUCUCCUCCCUCGGGUCAAGGGUCAAACUUACUAUGAACUAGCGUGUUUUUGUUUUGGAGGACUAUUAUUUGAUAAUGUUUUACGUAAGUUGCCAAGGGGAGACAAUUCACUGAUUUAAUCAUUCAAAAGAAAUUUCCCAAGUUUUAUUCAAAACAUUAAAAUUGCAAGAAUACUUGAGCUGGAAGCUGCAUCAGAACUUACGUGACCAUGUGUUGCUUCUCACUGGUUAGCUUGUUGAUCUGAAAAUAUGGGUUGUCUCCCUUCUAUGGAUUGUCUUCCCGAAAUGGUUACGUCCUUAACGUGGGUUGUCUCCCCUUAGAUUAUUGUGGCGAUUUGAAUGUUGGAUCCCCUGGGAGUACAGAGAUUUGAAAUUGAUCUGUUUGUUUUAUUUUGUCAUUUUAAUUCUGUUGAUACAAUGAUCUUGAUCUGAAAUAUUAUGCUUUAUUAAUAUGUACUGAUGUUGGUAGAUGUUUUCGUUGAAGAAUAAUGGUGAGAAUUAUUUCUUUUGCCAUAGGAUCAGUUUCACGAAAUUGAAGAUUAUCAUUAUGUUCCUUUAGUGAUUUUUGCGAUUUAUUUAUCAUGGAUCAUAUCACCUGUCUGUUUGUUUAUAUUUACCUUUUGUGCAUUUGUUUAUAUUUACUGUUUAUAUUUACUCUAUGUAUGUCUCUUCUGAGAGAUGGUAUAUGAUAGAUCUUUGUUUUUUUGUUUAUUGUCCACACGAAACUAUAGUCACACUUCGUUCUAUUAACAUGAAAAACCUGAAUCUCAAAACAGGAAGAGAUCUGGAUGACGGUCGUGUGGCAUGCUCAAAGGAUCACAAGUAAAUUAUUCUUUAUUUGGCUGACUAGUUUCCCUUCCAAAGUUGAGGCUAUGUGGGGAUAAUUUUUCAAUUAUUUAGACACCUUAUAUAUUCUAUAAUGGGUUCCCAAGUGGUCAAAGUAUAUGACCGUCUAUAUUAAAUCACUAGCCCUCCACCACUGUGUCGCGGGUUCAAGGCCCACAAGGGAGCGGUCACCAGGUACUGUUUGCAGGUCGGUGGAUUUUCUCUGAGCACUCCGGCUUCCCUCCACCACCAAAACCUGACACGUCUUUAAAUGACCGUAGCUGUUAAUGGGACGUUGACACGAAAAUUACUGCGAUGGAGAGUCUUGAAUGUGGUCUCACACAGCUUCGACUGUUUACCACCCUACAUAAUCUACAAAGUUUACUUAUCGCUUGCUAAGGCGCUUUAACUUUAUACAAGAAGAUGUGACUGUAGUUUUAGUCUGGAAUCAUCAAAUGUUUGAGCUGGGUUAAUUUUUUUUUCUUACUGUGUUGUAUUUUGUAACUUUUUAUGGUGAAAAAAAAAUAAAUGUGCCAUUUAAGGAACCAUUAAGAAACCUCCACUGGUGUCUUCCGUAUUAGAUACUGUAUACGGGAAAAUCUUUGCUGCAGCUUAAUUUUCACCAUUUUCGCGUAAUGAGGGCGAAUAAAUUGUUAGAGAGAAAAUCUGUUCACAAAUUUAAAGAAUUUGCAAUGAAUAGUAAACAUAUUUAAUCAUUGCAAACAGUGAAAUUUUGUUCAACAUAGUGGAAAUAUAUUUUUUGUCAACGAAAACACUUGUCGUUUUUAACUGGUGAUAAUUUUUGUUUACGAAGGAGUUUUUGAAAUGGUUCGUUUGGAAUUUAGGGGAAAUUUGGUAUCCAUUGACUUCCCUUAUCAUGAACCUAAAGGUUUUACACGACCGGUAUAUUGAUCGCCAGUAUUGGGGUGGGCUUAUUCAUGAACACCAAUUUAUCACAGAUGUGGUACAGUAAUGACUAAUCUGAUAAGUGCUUUGCCAUGUUAAAGUCCGGGGAAACAACUGAAGUCAAUGUCUGGUAUGACCUAUACCUAGCAGAUCCUUAGCUUUCCCCGUAUAUAUCUUUAAUUACAUUUUCCAAAAAUGAGAAAUUACUGGGUUUAAUUAUGACUUAUUUUUAUAUAUUGUUGGAAUGGUAUAUAUAAUUAAUAUUGACGAAAUGGUACGAUUUUGAUGGUAAGGUGUUGCCAUGUGAAGGUGCAAUUCCGACAGUACAAGUCACGAUGGAAUUUCUGGUCUCUGAACACGUCUGUUUAGAUAGGGCUAUUUUUGCCUCAGAGAGUGUCUGUAUUUAAUGAAAUGUGACUUUGGGGUAUCUGUGUUUUAGGGGAGGCAUGGCCUGUCGUUAUUAGAGUUUUAAACAAGACCUUACAUAGUAGGCCACUUAGGUAUGGAUGGGUGGGAGAGGUACGUACAUACUGUAGUCUAAAGAUCGUGGGCGUGACUGUUCUAUGAACGAGGCACAGUCAACCGUAACAUAAUGGGUGUGGCUGUCCGUUAAGUGAUUUGGCCUGCAGACAUGGCCUAAUGUUGUCGGCAUUGGCUGUGAAAUUGAUGCGGAGGGCGCAGCCUGCUGAUGUUAGGCUUGUCUGUGAAAAAGGCAUAGUCUGUUGACAUCAGGUUACACUUUUGAAGAUGUAAGUGAAGAAAGGUCUGAGGGGCGUGGCCUGCUGACGUUAGGCUUGUCUGUGAAAUAGGCAUGGUUUAUUGACAUUAGGCAAGUGUGUAUGAUUGGAGAGGCGUGGCCCGAUGUUGUGGGCGUUGGCUGUUUUAAUUGAUGUGAGGGGCGUGGCCUAAUGUUGUGGGCGUUGGCUGUUUGAUUGAUGUGAGGGGCGUGGCCUAGUGUUGUGGGCGUUGGCUGUGUAACUGAUGUGAGAGAGCGCUAUUAACCAGAGAACAGAGGACUCCAAAGAGGGAGAUCACAGAUCUGUCAUUGACAUAAAAGUUUAUUUUUCCUAUACAUGUCAUUUGUUUUUGUUUUUUGAAAAUCUUUGAUGGAAGCGAGUCUAUAUGUACAGGAUAUAAUGUUAUUGUGCAAAACAAAAUAAAAUCGCGUCAUCGUGUAAAAACUCAUCAUAAACACUCAUUUCCCUGUUUGCCUGUAACCUCAUGUGAUGCUAUAGGUCACUAUAUGAAAGCAAUAUUUCAAUAUAAAUAUUCAGUGGCUGAUAUUCAGAGAUUCAUCCUGAGAAGUUUUCCAUGUCUUAGAAAUUUUGAGAAAAUUUUGUGAAAAAUAUUUUUUUGAUUUUAGAAAAUUAACAUGUAGAAUUAAGGGGGCGGGUCUAUCCUAAACCCCAUCUAACACAAGCCCUAUGGAUCAGUCUCUGCUAUCAUAUUGUUUUACUUGCAAUUACUGCACAUACAACAUGUAUAUAUAUAAAUGUACCAAGAGAGAUACAAAUAUUUAUGAAAUUGUGUUUAACUCAUGCACCCCUACAUUUUCAAACUGGACUUGACCAGUCUUUGAUUUGGCAAGGUUCAAAUGUGACUUUUUGGGGUGAAUUGUGUUUAAUAAUUGCAUGUUUCAAUCACAGUGAUUGACUUUUACCGGUAUAUGUUUCUAUCCAUGCAUUGUUUAUUUGAUGGCUAGUAAAACUACAGGAUAAGUACAAUGUACUGAGCUGUUUUGACAAAAUUUGAACCCUGUCUGCAAAUAUCAUCAUUAUGAGAGAAUGAAAAGCAUCAUUAUAAACAGGUGGUCUUUAAAGCAAAGGUUUAGAUAUAGAAAAUACCAUUUUGGGGCCCAAAUUCAUGAAACCAUUCUCAUGCUCAAACUCAGAUUCUGUGUUCUUGUUACAGUGAUAAAUUGGUAAUAAAUCACAUUGUCCGUGAUUUGGAAUAAUUUUUGGAGAAACUUCAAGCAGAAUAUGGUUAUAAAGGUCGACUAUUUACUUUUUUAAAUGAUUUAAAUAACUUUUGACAAAAGUUUGUUUGAGCAAAGAUUCCAUGCUUGAGCUUAAGAACAAUUAUGAAUAUGGGCCCGUGUCUUCUUUAUACAGUAAUUGAGGUGGGCGUUCCUUACAUUAUAGACAGGUGGUCUUUAUAGAGAGAUAUUCUGUAUAGACAGGUGGUCUUUAUAGAGAUAUUCUUUAUGGACAGAUGGUCUUUAGAGCAAGUUAUAAUGACAUGGAAAGCACAAUUUGGGGUAUUUUUGAUGAUUGAUCAUGUUAUUCAUGAAUUCAUUUAAUUUAUGGGGGGAAAAUGAUUAUAAUAAAUUCUGAAAAAUUACCAGCAACUAUCUGUAUACAGUAAGUAUAGGGUUGAUUUUGAAUAUUGUUUUGAAGUGUGAUCAUUAUCAGGAUAUGCGAGACAGAAGAAUUUCCAAUCAGCUUACAUUUGAAACUGUCUGGGUAUAAACAGUAUGGCUGAGACUGUUAAAUGGUACUGUACAUACAAUGUAUACUUAUAUUUGUGUUGACAAGCCAGCCUGGGGACUGUUGUCCUGAAGUCUGUACUCGGUACAAUCCGGUGACCUGCUGGUCUUACUUCCUUUAUUUUAACUUGUAUUCUGUACCUGACAUGAUUCAGCCUUGUAGCCUGUACUCUGUACAGUCUGAAGAUCCUUUGCUUUGCUGUCUAUCCAGUAAACUCCAUAGAUCAUCAGCCCACUUGAUCGCUGUACCCAGUAGAUUGUCAGCCCUGUUGUCUGUUCCCGGUACAGUCGGUUAAUCGUCAGCCCUGUUGUCUGUUCCCGGUACAGUCAGUAGAUCGGCAGCCCUGUUGUCUGUUCCCGGUACAGUCAGUAAAUCGUCAGCCCUGUUGUCUGUUCCCGGUACAGUCAGUUAAUUGUCAGCCCUGUUGUCUGUUCCCGGUACAGUCAGUAGAUCGUCAGCCCUGCCGUCUGUACCCGGUACACUGGUCCCAUCACCGAUGCUAGCCUAUCACUGUGUUUUUGCUAUUUCUGUAUGAUGUGUAGAUGCCUGUAAGAUAUACGGGCCAAAUAUUUGUACCAGUGCCACAUCCAAGUCCUCGACAUCUCCUGGGAUUUACCCCGCCACACUCGCACAAUAUAUAUUAACUCAUUCACCCCUUAAAAUUUCAUAAUGGACUUUUCCAACCCGUAAAUUGGAAGAGUUCAAAUGUGUCUUCAGGGGUGAAUGAGUUCAAGGGUUUUCUCCCUUUUUGGAUGAUUUCUUUUCUUUUUGAUAUUCACACCAUAUACUCAAUUAUAGUUCUUAUUGUUUACUCAGAAAUAAUAUAUUUAAAAAAAAUUACGGUGUGUAACUGUCCGCUUUUACAUCAAUGUCUGUAAGGCUUGUGUGUUGGGGGAAAUUAUUCAGCAGGUUUGGCAAGGACUAGCUGUUUAUUCAAGCAAUUUCUAGCCAGUCGUUGUUCCUAGCAUUGUUGGUGAGUGUAAGGAGCGACACAUCUGGGUAGAGAUUGGUGUUGAAGAUGUAUUUGGUUUAAUCCAGUCCACAAAGAGGCUGCCCCUCUGCUCCAGUUGCUGGACCUCUGUGCUCCAGCUGCUGGACCCAGAGUCAAUCGUGACGGUUGCCGUUCCGAUGUUGAAUUAUUUGUGGCAUUGGUUCUAUGCAAUAUGUUAUGUAAAACAUUCCAUUAAUAAAAUCGUGCUAAUUCCAUCAGAA